AUGACGAAAUCAAAACGGAAUAUGAAGCCUAUUGAGAGAAUCGCCCGAGGAAUUGCUAUUUCUGGUUGCAAACUGAAGUUGCGGGCUAAGAAGGAUGCGUAUCGAUCAUGUCCGCAAUAUGAACCUGUGGCAAUUGGCAGAGAAAAUAGGCCUACAAAAUUGCAGGUAAGGAGGACUAAAACUGUCCAAUCAAGUCAUACUUCAUCCCAUCAGAGUCUCAAUCAUGCCAAUGUGGAGGAGAUGAGUGAACCUGCCCCAGCAAUUCUAACCCAAGAAAGUGUUGCUCCAGCAGAGCUUCCAUUUUCCCUAUCUCAGUUGUGUCGUACCAUGAAAAAAAAGGGCAUCCCCCCGCUCCAUUCGGCCUCCAAUCUCUACAGCCAUAGAACUUUCUUCCAGGAUUUGAGCUUGUUUUUGAAGCCCUUAGCUUCGCUGGGAAGCCGCAAAGGCAUAAAAUGUUCGAUGACGAACCUUGCGAACAAGAAGACAUGA